CAUAAACCCUGUAACGCGAAUAAUACACAUUAUCAUUUCAUUAAACUCGUUUAAUCUCGUACACGCCGCCAAACGAGACGGUAAAUACGAGUAUGUUUUUGUUCAGAUUUACGGAAAGUUUUCGCGAAUACGAGCGCAGGUGAUUGGAGUUUUUUCACCGGUUUCGGGACAAUGGUCGUUUUACUCAAUCAUUCCAAUCAUGACAACGGAUAAGGCGACGGAGAAAAAAUUAAUGCCUGGUGUUUCAUACACUUACGUGACACGUCCGAAAGUUCUAUGUCACAGUAGCGGUAAAAUUAGAAAUAUUCUGCGAAGUGGAAACGUGGAAAAAGUGGAAAAAUUGAUCAAAGAGGGCUACGGGCAUAAAUUGAUCGGAGAAACAUCGCCUUUUCCCAAAAUUAAAGUUCUAUUAAAAGCAGUACCUUUUUACAUGGCUCGGAUUGAUAUGCUGCACGAGGCUGUAGUAAAAGGACAAUUACGAGAUGUUCAAAUGCUACUCAACACAACAUCUACCGCUUGCUCAGUUCUGAAAACCAAACCCGAAAAUUUAGCCUUAAGUAAAGAUUCGACUGGAACCGGUCUUCUUCAUAAAGCUGUUUUUUACGAUUACUUCGAUAUCAUCGAAUGGUUGGCUAAAAACUAUCCUGCCACGAUUCACAGUCGAGAUAAGUUAGGAAGGAUUCCACUUCAUUAUGUGAAUUCAACCUCGGACCCGGAUAAAAUAUGGGAUUUAUUGGUUGGCUUGGGAUCUGAUGUGAAUGCGGAAGACCACCAAGGCAAAACACCACUUUAUUUUUUGACAAACGAAACCGAAGUUCAAUUACCAGAUAAAGUGUUAAAUGUGCACAAACCACAAAUAACUGAAACAAACACGAUAAAAUCUUCGAAUAUACGUAUUUGGAUACAUGACCAAGAUUUAAAUAAACUACAACAGGUCAUUUGGGACGGUCAAGGAGACAAACUAAAAACCGAAACGAGCAAUAAACGUUUAAUGAAAAAAUUCCUCAAUGGUGUACCUCAUAUAAUGAGCGUGAUUCAGGAAGUCCAUAGAGCAACGAUUACAAAUGAAAUCAACAAAUUGAAGUUAAACUCUAGAAAUCCAAUUCCAGCGGUGAUACUGAGUAGCAAAGAUGCCAAAGGAGUUACUCCACUUCAUAAAGCAGCAGGAUUAGGUCAUGAUGGAAUAGUAAACUAUAUUCUGAGUAGGUACCCAGAAGCAAUUCACAUUUACGAUAACGAUGGUCGAACAGCAUUACAUUAUGCAGCUUCUUUCAACAAAGAUGACAUUUAUGACCUACUUUUGAAAUUCGGAGCAAAUGAAAACAUCAUCGACAAAUUUGGCAGAAGUGCAAAAUGCUAUCAAUGCAGACAGAAUGAUAUAGAUACAGAUGUACUUUACGAAAUUCCAACAGCUCCUAGAACAGGAGUGGCCACAGGAUAUCCUUCGUCUUGGGAUUGGAGCAUCCUUAGCGAUUCCGAUUCGAUAAAUAAUCUCAAUGAAAAGAUACCUAGUGCUAGAAUUCUUCAUAACACGGUGAAUAAAAAGGACGAAACUUCAAAUAACCUACAAAUCAAUUAUGAAAAUCCGAAAAAGUUCAAGACGAAUUCCUACGAUAGUUCAAACAUAGAAAACGAUAGCGUACCAGUAAUUGAAGAAGCAUUUACAACAGCCUCGAUUCCUGAAGCUAAUUCUGAACAAGAAAUCAAAGACAUAAAUCAUAAUGUUACUCGUGAAAACGAAACUCGCCCAGAUUUAAUCACCGAACCAGUGCAAGAAUUUACUAGAGAUGAACAAAAUUUAGAAGACACUUCACAGCCUGAUUUGCAAUCACAAAUCGUAACUGAAAACUCUCUACUAAACAAUGAAGACGAUCAAGUUACAGAUGAUUUAAUAAUACUUCAUAGCGAAUUCGACGAAAUCGUUGAUAAUUACGAAAGUGUAAUAGAAGAAGAAUUUAUUGAUACAACUCUGCUGAAGAAAAAGUUGAACGUUGAUCAUAAAGUAAAACAAAUAAUGCAACAGAAGAAUUUUGACGAAAUAGGUAAUUUUAUAUUGCAAGGCUGUGGAGAAUUUUUAUUAAAUGAAAAAAGCUCGUAUCCCGAAAUUCAAGAAUUUAUCAACAAUUUACCAAUUUAUUUAAAAAAAAUUGAGCUGAUACAUCACUGUUGUGAAAUUGGUAAUUUAGAAGAAUUGCAAAAAUACCUAGAUCGUCGAAAAUUGGCUGUAGUACGUGAAAAUAAAACUGGUUUAUAUCUCACUCCUUUACAUGUGGCUGUGAUAAAUAAUCAUCGGGAUAUUGCUCGAUAUUUGGGAGGAAGAUUUCCCGAAACGUUUAAAGUGAUCGAUAAAUUUGGCAGAACACCUUUACAUUUUGCCAGCAUCCAUCCGAAAGGAUCAUACAUUUACAAUAUGUUGUUGACUUUGGGAGCUGAUAAAUAUGUCAAAGAUUGUAAUGACAGAACCCCAGAGUACUAUUACCAGAAUAAAAACGAAGCUAGAUAUAAUCAAUUAUUUGAUAUUAUUCAAAAAUCCAAAAAGAAUACUUCUAAAGGACUGGAGAAAAUCGAAGAAGAAUUCAAUUCAAUGUCGGAACCAGAAAAAGAACACUUUAUUCCAGAAUCAGAAUUGGACAAACCAGAUCACGAAUUACCAUCUGGAAGACUUGGGACAGCAAUUCGAACCGGAUUAUCAGCAAUCGCAAGCGAAAGGCCACCUAAACCAAUCAAAUUUUUAGCCAAUUAUUUGAAUAAUUACGACGAUGAACCUACAGUUUUAAAAGACGAGCCAGUAACGCCACCAGUCAUUGAAAACACCCCAUCACAAUCUGAUGAACUUGAAAUAAAUCAAACAGAUCCCCAACCUGAAGAAAACAUUCCAGACGCUUCAUCUCCUGUAGAAAUUCCAACCAUUGACGUAGAAAAUCAGGAAAUCCCAUCUCUUCCCCAGAAACAGGAAUUGCAGACUGUUCGAAAGGAAAAUGAAAAAGAUGAAGAAGAAACUAGGUCAUCUGAAGAUGAAAAAAAAGCACCGAAUCGGAAAAAUUCUAUAAUCAACUACAAAGAAGAAAUCAACAACCAGUUUCAACCAAUAAGUAGAGAUAAACAUGGUCAAAGUAUGUUACAUUUUGCUGCAGCCAGCAGACAUAGUAGAAAUGCAUUGCUACAGACGCUGCAAGAGCUAGAUGCAAAUAUUUCCCAGAGAGAUGAAUUGUACAGAACUGCCAGAGACAUCGCUGUGUUUUCUCAACUUUAUGACAAUGUUAAAGCUAUCGACGAUUAUGUUUUCCAUUUGGCAGUAAAUGGGCAAACAGAUAAAAUCUUACAACUCUUAUUAGACGGAUACGAUCAUAUUUUGGAGCUUGAAACAGAAGAAAACGUAAUGGAUGUGGUGAAAAGCAGAAAUCACGAAAAAACUUUACAUAUUUUACAGACUAUAAAUAUUUUUGAGGAAAUAAGAGAAGAUCUCCAUGCUGCGAUAAGAAUCGGAAAUAAACUUCGAGUACAAGAAAUAUUCAAUAAAUGUGGAAGGGACGCUAAACUAAUGGCCAUUUGUAAAAACGAUGCAUCCAGAUGCAGUCUUCAUAUUUCUGUUUUAACUCAACAUAAAGACAUCGUAAAAUACAUCGUGAAGAAAUAUCCGAAAACCAUUCACAUAGGAGAUAACCUCGAACGUACUCCUCUACAUUAUGCAAUGGGAUUGAAAUCGGUGGAAGAAUUGAGUCGAAUUUUAAUAGAUGCAGGAGCUACUCGUGUGGUGAAAGAUUUGAAAGGACGGCAGCCCAGCUAUUAUUUCAUGAACAAUGCUGAAAUACUACAAAUACAGCAAGAAGAAAUUUAUCUCAGUGAUCAGCAAACUCGCCGAAAUAUUAUGAAAAAUGGCCGUUGAAUGGGCAUUGCUACGACGCUAUCUUAAAAAGUUUAGGUUUUACAGCUAUGUACUUCCAUGUGUUGUUAUAGUUUUUUAAAUAAAAUAUUUCAAAUCAGUA